AUGGCUGGAUCUCCCGAGUACGACAUUCCAGGCUUCGUCUACGCCUCCCUCGUCACUGCCGGCGGCCUGAUGGGCUUCAUCAAGAGGGGUUCCGUCGCCUCCCUCGUCGCCGGCGGCGGUUCAGGCCUCAUCGCUGGCUGGGGCGCUUACCGCGUGUCGCACAACCCCAAGGACGUGCGCGUCUCCCUUGCCGUUGCCGUCAUCCUCACGCUGCUCAUGGGCAAGCGGUUCAUCGCAUCAGGCAAGUUCAUGCCCGCGGGUCUGGUUACUGCGCUCUCCAUCAUCAUGGUUGUGCGGUACGGCAUGCGCCUGCAGUAG